AUGCAGACUACCACGCAAGUCCACGCAAACCCCUUGCCUGUGAUAAGACAUGCGACGGGAAUACAUGCCCAAGCCGUGUCCAACGAAUUCCUCCACCAAAGUUUCAUGCACCCUUGGAGAACAUUCGACCAAGACAUUCGAUCAGCGCUUGCAACCACAAGCUUUCGAUUUGAAAUCCCUCACUCGGACUCUGAUGAACUUUACCUGGUCGGAAACGAGAUUGGCCUGUCCGGGCGAUUUGUCAACAAUGCCAUUUUCACGACAACAGACGCCAUACCGGAUGUCGCUAUUGGUGUAACGAUCGAUAAUAACGACCGCCUUACUGAAAUCAAGAUCGUGGUUGAAUUCAAGACACUCUGGACUUUUGACCUUGCUCGGUUAUCUGUCUCCGAUCUUGGGUCUCGGGUACAGCUUGGGCCUCAACUCGGUUUGCUUGUCGCACAAAUGAGGAAUUUCGGUUUACGUUAUGGAUUUUUGUCAACGUAUGAGGGAACUAUGUUUGUUAAGCGAACGGCAGACUUUGCAUUCUGUAUCUCUAGACCAAUCCGAGCGCCCGAUACCAAUUUGUCUGUGCGGCAGUGUUUUGCAGGGCUGUGUAUCCUUGCUGAAUUAGCCAUGACUUCACCGAAGAUCCUGACUUCAAACCAGAACGAUCAGCAAGAAAGGGCUAUUUUUGAGAUUGACCAUCAGGGGACUCGCUACAUUGCGAAAUGCUGGGGCCUCCGACAUGAGCAAGCGUUGAAUGCGGAAUGCACCGUGUACGAGCGUUUAUCAGAAUCACGCCACGGGGUUUAUAAUGUGUUCGCUAAUAUGAUUCUUGCUGGAGACAUCGUGUGCUCAAGCAUUUUUCCUUACGGAAGGACACUGGUCCCUCCCUACAAAGCUGGAGAAAUCGUUGCAAGGAUCUGGGAUAGCCUCGGUGGCCACGAACGGACUCUCAUUCGCGAGGAGUGUGAAAAGGCCAUUUACAUUCUUCGGUCCUUAUCGAUUUAUGUUCCCGAUACCGGAAAGCACAAUGUUUUGUAUGACCGGAUCAAAGGAGCUGUGACGAUGCUGGAUUUCGAAACUGCGAUUCAAAGUGAUCCAUCAGAACAUGUGCCCUAUGUGGAAUUGCUGUCAUUAUUUGGAGACCCCGUAAUGCGUGGACGUGAGAGUGGUGGUUAG